ACGUGGCCACUCAGCUGAUCGCAGUGACGAGCGCCACGUGGUGGCCAUGCUGUGCGCACGGAGCCUCCGCAUCCUUGGCCGAUCGCUUCACUCACCUCCGCCGUUGUCUCUCCGCUGUCUCUCGGCCAUGGCGAGCCUCCUGAUAGAGCAGCCCAAGUACUCGUGGCUCAAGGAGCUCGGCCUUCGGGCUGAGAACGACGGCGUGUACAACGGUGUCUGGGGAGGGCGCGGGGAGCUCGUGACGUCAUACAGCCCUGCUACGAAUGAACCCAUUGCACAUGUGCGCCAGGCCACACUUGCAGAUUAUGAAGACACUGUGAUGAAGGCAAAUGAGGCAUGGAAAGUUUGGGCAGAUAUUCCUGCACCGAAGCGGGGUGAAAUUGUUCGACAAAUUGGUGAUGCUUUGAGAAAGAAGAUAAAAGUUUUGGGGAAUCUGGUGUCGCUAGAGAUGGGCAAGAUCGGAGUGGAAGGGUUCGGAGAGGUGCAGGAGUACGUAGACGUCUGUGACUACGCCGUGGGGCUGUCGCGUAUGAUUGGCGGCCCAGUCCUGCCCUCUGAACGCCCUGGACAUGCCUUGAUUGAGCAGUGGAAUCCAGUGGGUCUAGUGGGAGUCAUCACAGCCUUUAACUUCCCCGUGGCUGUGUAUGGUUGGAAUAAUGCACUUGCGCUUGUCUGUGGGAACUGCUGUUUGUGGAAAGGUGCACCAACCACUCCACUAACAAGUGUGGCUGUUACCAGAAUUGUUGCAGAGGUUUUGGAGAGCAAUAAUCUUCCUGGAGCUAUUUGCUCAUUGACUACUGGUGGCGCUGACAUUGGCACGGCUAUUGCACGAGAUGAGCGUAUACCGCUGGUGUCCUUUACUGGCAGUACUCCAGUCGGCAAGCAGGUGGCUCUCAUGGUACAAGAACGCUUUGGUAACAAGCUGCUGGAGCUUGGGGGAAACAAUGCCAUCAUUGUAAUGGACGAUGCAGACCUGAAUCUGGUGAUCCCCGCAGUGCUCUUUGCUGCAGUGGGGACAGCUGGACAGCGUUGCACCACUACCCGCAGGCUGAUUUUGCACGAGAGCAUUCAUGAUAAGGUGGUGGAAUCAUUGGUGAAAGCCUACAAACAGGUUCGCAUUGGAGAUCCUCUGGAUGCUAAUACCUUGUACGGGCCGCUGCAUGCCAAGCAAUCGGUGGAGAUGUUCAAGGCAGCGGUGGAACAGGCUGUGAAGCAAGGAGGAACUGUGGCGUGUGGUGGCAAGGUUAUUGACCGACCUGGAAACUUUGUGGAGCCAACCAUCAUCACAGGCCUGAAGCAUGACGCCGCCAUCGUUCACCAGGAGACGUUCGCUCCAGUGCUGUACGUCCUGAAAUUUAAGGCUUUUGAAGAGGCCAUUGCGUGGAACAAUGAGGUGAAGCAGGGUCUUUCUAGCAGCAUCUUUACCCAGGACCUGGGAAGAAUCUUCACGUGGCUUGGGCCAAAAGGUUCUGACUGUGGAAUCGUGAAUGUGAACAUCCCCACGAGCGGUGCGGAGAUUGGUGGUGCCUUUGGUGGAGAGAAGCACACUGGUGGGGGCCGCGAGUCUGGCAGCGAUUCUUGGAAGCACUACAUGCGGCGGUCCACUUGCACUAUCAACUACAGCAAGAACCUACCAUUGGCACAAGGCAUCAAGUUUGAGUAAUGAGUGGCUGCAAGCAUUGGCGAUCGCGAUGUUCGUAUUUCAAAAGGACCCAAGAAAAGUGGCUUUGUGCUGAUUAAGGCAUUUUUGCUAUUUACGAGACAACUCAUUUAGAUUUAGAAUAAUGCUUCCAUUUUCAUAAACGUAUCUCAAGUGCCCUUUUUUGCAACUAGGAGCCGGUCUUGUUUGUACCAAACGCUGAGUCCUAAUCACAAAACACAGCAAAAUGUGUUCAUUAUUUCUCACACAAACGGUUAAUUUCAUUUCAUUUUAAAAUGAAACGUUGCUUUGCAAGCUAUAAUUUACCAGGAAAGGAAAUGACACGGUUUAUCUGGCAUAGUGCUUUGAUAUAAUUUACUGUUCUGUGUACACGUAGUGAUAAGAUGAAGAAAGAGCGAUGAAUAAAAUAUGCUUUUUGAAAGUC